AAAAGACAAGACCCGGUUCAAAUGUGGGCAACAACUGAAAUGCCAUGAAGUUGGGUCAGUAAAAGUUCCAAAAUCUGCCAACAAAAAAUGUAGUUCCUAUGAAGGAUAACCAGAAAUGAGGUCACUCCAUAAUUCAAUCACCUGAAUUCCAGUUGGUGACCGGUGAUCUGUCGGUUGUUACCAAUUUCAUAUACUCUUUUUGUCUUUGCCUUCUCUCUCCUCCCUCAUUUCGAUCUUCAAUUCCCCAUUUUCAAUCAGGUAAGCUUAAUUAAUCAAUAUAUUACCUUAUACUUAAUCUUAAUACCCCACAUUUUCAUUUUCAUUUUCAAUUUCGCAAUUGCAUUUCAUUUCAAUGCCUUUUCAGUUUAUCAAUCCCUAGAUCUUACGCCGUGUUAAUUGUAAUUGUUUUUGUAUUCAUUUGCCGAUGAUUUUCAUCAAUGUAGGUGGUAAUUUGGGAAAAGUAUAUGAUUUAGAUCGGUUUAUGUAUUAAUUUGGAUUUGAUUCAGGGAUUUUCAUAUUGAUCAGAGGGGUUUAUCUAUUUGUUUUUGUGUAAUUCCACGAAAUUUGAUCAAUGGUGGGACCUCCAUUGCCAAUAGAGGACCAUGCGGAUGAGGAUUUUUUUGAUAAGCUGGUGGAUGAUGAUGGAGUUGAUGUUGGUGGUAGUAAUGAACCUCGUUGCUUGAAUGAUGAGCUAGUUUUCGCAAAUUUGAGUGUUGAUGAGAAUGCUGCGUCUGCCUUGGAUGAUUUAGACAAUGUAGAUAGAGUUGAAACUACUAAUGUCUUUUCGUGUAGUGUUAAUGAUUGUAAAGUAGAUGGUUUUGAUGAUAGUGCUGCGGGAUCAGGGUCAGGGUCAGGGUCGUGGUCCAUGGAAGGAGUGGAUGGAGAGUUAAGUGAUCGUGAUGUAUCCGUGAAAAAUGAAUCUGAUACAAGAGUGAUUAGGGACAAUGGUGGAAUUUGCAGUUCAGAGACUAAACAAGUGCAGUGGAGUGCAUUUGGUGGUUGUGAUGGUGGUACACAGAAUGAUUCAUUUGCAGACUUCUUCAGUCAAAUAGGAGACGAUUCAACUGAUCCUUUAAGUAAUUUGGGCGUGGCUACUAGUUUUACUAUUGUUGGAACGGGUGCCUUGGAUGUUGUUUCAUCUGAUCAAGCAACGUGUUCAAGUGGUUCUAGUUUAGGGAAAAAUGGUGAAGAUACUCAGCAUACUUCAUCUAUGGAAGUUAAUAAGGCGACCGAAGACCAAAAUAGUAUUCAAUAUUGGGAGAGCUUAUACCCAGGUUGGAAUUAUGACCCCAAUCCUGGACAGUGGCAUCAGGUAGAUGUUUGUGACGCCAAUGUGAAUAAUAUGGUGACUAGCAAUGGCGAUGUUCAUUCAACAAUUGAGGAAGCUGUGGUCAAUCCGUCAUCUGAUGCUUAUUGUCUCCACCAUACUCAAUCUACGGGUGGAGGUAUGACUGAGGAAAAUACAAAAGGGACUUCAUUGUACUCGAAUCAGCCCACAUAUGGUUACCCAGAGUAUCCUUCACACAUGGUUUUUGAUCCACAGUAUCCUGGCUGGUACUAUGACACAAUUGCACAAGAAUGGAGAUCACUGGACGCUUAUACUUCUUCGAUUAAUCAGUCCGCUUCCUUGUAUCAAAACCAACAGUUAUCUUAUGAGAGUUUUAAUACUGUUAAUAACUUAUCUGAACAGAGUAUGACCUAUGGUCAGAGUGAACAAGCUACAAAUUUUUUUAACCAAUUAAAUCAGUCAGCGGUUUCCAGUUAUUCCAACAAGGAAACUUUGAACAUGGAACAAACUGGUAAGAACACACAUGUAUAUGGAUUUAUAUCCACUGUUGCAGCACCUUUCACAUUUGAACUACCAACAACGGGUUUUGAUUGUAGUAAUGGUUUUACCAGAUCUUUGAGCCUCAAUGUUGGUAGCUCUGGCUUUCAAAACUUUACAUCCUCAGAAAACACGUUGCAAUCCAGUCACCAUGGUAAAGAAUAUGAGCGUCAAUUAUCCCCUGCCAGCUUCACUGCUUCAUGUCAGAAAUCAUUCUCAUAUGAACAAUUAAUUCAAAGUUCUGAUGAAACAACUUGGCAGCCUAAUCAUGACGGUAAAGAAUAUGACUUGCAGUUCUCUUGUUCUAGCUCUAAUGGUCCAAAGGUCCCAAAUUUUCCUCAGCAGCCACUUCAAAAUAGCAGUCUUUGUUGCUUUGCUAGUGAGGGGAGAUCAUCACAUGGACGAAUCCCACAUGCUCUUGUCUCAUUUUGUUUUGGUGGAAAACUUAUCAUCAUGAAGCAUCACAAUAAUUUAAACACACAACCCGCCUUUGCCAACCAGGACUCAGCAGGUGUGAUCAGUAUUCUCAAUAUGAUGGAAGUUGCCAUGCCGAAGCAUGAUGGUUCAGAUAUUGGGUUUGGUGAUUGUGAUUAUGUUCGUACUCUGUGUGAACAAUCUUUCUCUGGCCCACUGGUUUCUGGCAAUUUGGGAAGCAAAGAGUUAAAUAAAUGGAUUGAUGACAGGAUUGCCAAUUCUGAUACUCCAGCUUCUGAUAACAAAGAUGAUGAAGUUUUGAAAAUGGUUUUAUCUGUGUUGAAAAUAGCAUGUCAAUAUUAUGGGAAGUUACGAUCUGCUUUUGGAGCUGGCCACAAUUCAAAGGAAAGUGACUGCCCAGAGUCUGCAUUGGCAAAGCUUUUUUCAUCCGCAACAAGAAAUGCUGUCCAAUUCAGUGCUGUCUCUCACUGCUUGCAGAACAUACCAUCAAAAGGACAAAUACAGGCAACGGCCCAAGAGGUUCAAAUGCUUCUUGUUUCUGGUAAAAGAAUGGAGGCUCUUCAAUGUGCACAGAAGGGUCAUUUGUGGGGACCAGCUAUAGCUAUUGCGACUUUGCUUGGUGAACAGUUUUAUAGUGAAACUGUGAAGCAAAUGGCUCUUCAUCAGCUGGUAGUUGGAUCUCCUCUGAGAACCUUAUGUCUCUUAAUUGCUGGACAACCUGCUGAAGUAUUCUCAAAUUCCAUUUCACAAACCCCACAAAAUGGAGUAAAUGUUUCUCACUCGCGAGCGGUUGGGUCUGGUUGUAUGCUAGAUGGAUGGGAAGACAAUCUAGCCAUAAUAAAUGCUAACAGGACUAAUGGUGAUGAGCUUGUAAUUACUCACCUUGGGGACUGCCUCUGGAGGGAGAAGAGUGAUGUUAUGGCAGCUCAUAUCUGUUAUUUGCUUGCUGAAGCUAACAUUGAGCAAUAUUCGGAAAGUGCAAGACUUUGUCUUGUUGGUGCAGAUCAUUUGAAAUAUCCAAGAACUUAUGCCAGUCCACAGGCGAUCCAGAGAACAGAACUAUAUGAAUAUGCUAAGGUGCUUGGAAACUCCCAAUUUGUAUUGCUGCCGUUUCAGCCAUAUAAGCUUAUAUAUGCUUGCAUGUUAGCAGAAGUUGGAAAACUGUCAGAAUCCCUGAAGUACUGUCAAUCAGUUUUGAAAUCGUUAAAAACUAGUAGAUUGCCAGAAGUUGAUUCAUGGCGACAUAUGGUGUCUUCUCUAGAAGAGCGGAUAAAAAUUUAUCAGCAGGGUGGGUAUACCACUAAUUUUGCUCGAGCAAAACUAGUGGGUAAAUUGCUUAACUUCUUCGAUAAUACUGCUCAACGGGUUGUUGGUGGCUUACCACCACCUACACCUUCGGUGGUCCAGAGUAAUGACCAACACAGUGAGCACGAUCAUCGGUCAAGGGGUGCACGUGUGUCUACUAGUCAGUCCACUAUGGCUAUAUCUUCGUUGAUGACGUCUGCAUCUACAGAAGGCAGCAACCGCAAGUCAUUGCAUAAUCGAAGCAUGUCAGAACCUGACUUCAGUAGAACACCCAGAAAGGAUCUCUCACCAAAAUCAAACUCUUCAAGUCCUCGCGAUAAUGCAACAGUCUCAGGUGGUUCAUCACGCUUUGGUCGGUUUGGUUCACAGAUUUUCCAAAAGACUGUUGGGUUGGUGCUAAGAUCUCGCCCAGAUCGACAGGCCAAACUGGGAGAGACAAACAAGUUCUAUUAUGAUGAAAAACUAAAGCGUUGGGUUGAAGAAGGUGCUGAGUCUCAAAUUGAGGAAAUGACCUUGGCUCUACCUCGUACAACUGCACCGUUCAUGAAUGGGAUGUUGGGUCAUGACAAAAGAGAUGAACCUAUUAAUGGUAUGAUUCUUGCGAAUGGGGAACCUGAACAUAAGCACACAAAUUUCAAUUGCCAAGACACUGAAUUACCACCCAUUCCAUCUCGUUCAAACCAUUUCACUGUUCGUGGGCGCAUGGGUGUGCGUGCUAGGUAUGUGGAUACAUUUAACAAAGGUGGAGGAACUCCUGCAAAUUCAUUCCAAUCGCCUACACCUUCACUUCCAGCUAUGAGAGCUGCUGCUGCUAAUCCAAAGUUUUUCAUCCCAACUACUGUUUCUGAGGGUCAAGUAACUCAGAUUUCUCAAAGCACACAACAAACUUUUUUUUCGGAUCACGAUUCUGCAACUUCAAAGGGGCACGAUUCAUUUUCAGCUCCACAAAGGCUGACACCGUUAUCAACUAUCCAGCGACAUCCAAGCAUGGACAAGGGAAUGGAAAUCAUGGAAAAAACCAAUGGUCCUUCACUUCCAAAUUCUAGAAGAACACUAUCAUGGGGUGGAAGUCUUGAUCUUCUAAAUCAUACUAGCAUGGGUGAAAUAAGACAUCCAGUGGAGAUGCCAGGUUUUCAUCGAUCUUCCUAGUAUUUUCCAUUUACUUUGGAGUUAGCCAGUGCGGCAAACAACAUCGAAUUCAAAAUGACCGUGGUCAAAAAUUGUACAUCUCCAUGUAAAAUAUGGCAGUUCUAUGCCGUCUACUUUGAACUUGGUGAAUAUGGUGUUAAGAAGGUAUGAACAAGAUUCAGGUUGGAUGACUGGUGAUUAACUAGCUUCCAAGGAGUUGGUGGGAUCUUAAAUUUUGCAGUUUCCCUAUCUUAUUAUGUCGAGUUCAGGGUGGGGGAAAUUCGGUGGUGCUGUACAGAUAAAUUUGUUGAUUUUUGUUGGUAAGAAAUUAGCUCGAGAAAGAUGGAUGAAAGCUGAAAGUAAAAGCUCGUCUACGAUGCUUUUUUGGCGAAGUUUCAACUGAGAGAUCCAAUGCUCAAUGAACAUAAUUUUCGUUAUUUGGUACGUGUAAAUCCAUUUGUUACCUCGUACACGUACACCGUACUGGGAUGAUCAGGACAGGAAGCUUUCCUAAUAUGUAAUUUUUGUUGUCUCAUUAUUAAGUCUAGGGAUGUUUUAGCUUACACGAAGAAACUAGAAAGUGAAGAAAUUGUGUAGUUUAUUCAUUUAAACAUUUGAGUAGAGAUUGGAUUAUAGGUUUAAAUGUUGUACUAAUUAUAUUGGAGUAUACCAUUUGGAUUAUUGGUUGGUGAAA